UUUAGAAUUAUGUAAUUUUCUCAAGACCUUGAACUCGCCUUUGAUGGUUGUUAAAAUUUAGGGGGUGCGGCGGGGGGUGGGCUUCUGUAUUUUUCAUGAUUGCUGAAGCCAUCAGAGUUUUAUAAUGGUUUUCCACACCACUUUGCAUCACUUUGGUUGCAGACCAAAGUGAUCUACCUACAUUGAUAAUAUUUAAUAUAUAUUUAGCCAUAUGAGACAAAUAUACGUAUAUAUACAUUAUAUGUUGCCUAAAUUCCUGCUNUUGGCUUGCAAACUUUUUGAGGAGGGCGGGAUGCAGUUUUACCUGUGACCACCAGGGGGUAGCUGAUCAGAAGGGGAGUGGGUGCGUUCCCGCAGCAACAGGGAAGAUGGCAGCUCUCACAUCACUCACCCAGUUGUCAAGUGGGAACCCUGUGUAUGAAAGUUUUUACAGACAGGUUGAUCCUGGAAACACGGGGAGAGUUGGACCAACAGAAGCUGCCUUGUUCCUAAAAAAGUCCGGACUACCAGACAUUACACUGGGAAGGAUUUGGGAUUUGGCCGACCCUGAUGGAAAAGGCUACCUGGACAAACAGGGUUUUUAUGUGGCUCUGCGGCUGGUGGCCUGUGCUCAGAGUGGACAGGAAGUCAGUCUGUCCAGCCUCAACCUCACAGUCCCUGCCCCCAAGUUUAAGGACACCAACAGUCCAUCUCUGAGCAGUACAACUUCUGUCCCUACAGAAUUACACUGGGCUGUCAGGCCAGAAGAGAAGAGUAAAUUUGAUGGAAUCUUUGAAAGUUUGGCUCCUGUCAACGGCCUCCUGUCUGGUGACAAGGUGAAACCAGUCCUCAUUAACUCCAAACUACCUCUGGACGUCCUCGGGAAGGUUUGGGACCUGAGUGACAUUGACAAAGAUGGUCAUCUGGACAGAGAUGAGUUUGCAGUGGCCAUGCACCUGGUCUACAGAGCCCUGGAGAAGGAGCCUGUCCCUGCACUCCUACCUUCUGCCCUCAUCCCUCCGUCCAAGAGGAAGAAAAGCCUGGGCUCAGUGACGACCUCUGUGCCUGGACUCCCAGCCAGUCCUCCACCUCCAAAAGACUCGUUGCGCUCCACCCCCUCCCACGGCAGCAUGAACUCCCUCAACAGCACAGGCAGUCUGUCACCCAAACACACACUCAAGUCUGGACAGCACACAUUGAACUGGGUCGUCCCGGCAUCAGACCGCAGUCGCUAUGAUGACAUCUUCCUGAAGACAGACGCGGACAUGGAUGGUUUCGUGAGUGGACAUGAAGUGAAAGACAUCUUCAUGCAGUCUGGACUUGCUCAGAAUGUCCUUGCCCAUAUAUGGGCUCUGGCCGACACACGGCAGAUUGGAAAACUGACCAGGGAACAGUUUUCUCUGGCUAUGCAUCUCAUCCAACAGAAAGUCAGCAAAGGUCUCGACCCUCCACAGGCUCUGACUGCUGACAUGAUCCCGCCCUCAGAGAGAGGAACCCCUGUACCAAACAUGUCUGGAUACAUGACUCCAGUGGGCUCAGAAAUGGCUGCUCUGUCUGAUAUGAGAAGGGACAGCUCCAGUUCAGUUGGUUCAGGGGAGUUCACAGGCAUCAAAGAGUUGGAUGAUAUCAGCCAGGAAAUUACACAAUUACAAAGGGAGAAAUACACUCUGGAGCAGGACAUCAGGGAGGCAGAGGAGGCCAUCAGAUACAAGAGUGCAGAGGUGCAGGAGAUGCAGAAUGAUCUGGACAGAGAGACGGCCAGUCUGCAAGAACUGGAGGCUCAGAAACAAGAUGCCCAGGAACGACUGGAGGAGAUGGAUCAGCAGAAACACAAGUUAGAAGACAUGCUGAAUGAAGUCCGGAUGAAGUGCCAGGAAGAGUCUCAGAUGAUCUCGACACUCCAGUCCCAGAUCCACUCUCAGGAGUCAGACUUGCAGACUCAGGAGGAGGAACUGAGCCGAGCAAAGGCCGACCUGGGUCGACUACAACAGGAGGAGAAACAGCUGGAGCAGAGUCUGGCUGCUGGCAAGGUCCAGCUGGAGACCAUCAUCAAGUCCUUGAAGGCCACACAGGAUGAGAUCAACCAGGCUCGCAGCAAGUUGUCCCAGAUUCAGGACAGCCAACAAGAAGUGUCCAAAAGCAUCGAACAGUACAACAGCACCUUGAACGGAACCCACGGGGGCAGUAUGACCAACCUGGCCGACAUGAGUGAGGGCUUCAGCGACAGAGAGAACGGCGGGUUCUCAGCCAUGAUGAGAGGAACACAGGAGGAUCCAUUCAAAGUGAAGCCAUCAGUGUUUAACAGCCAGCCGCAGGAGCUUCCCACUGACCCAUUCCACUCUGAAGACCCCUUCAAAACUGACCCGUUCAAAGGCGACCCUUUCCAAAAUGACCCUUUUGCAAAGCAGCCACCAGCAUCAUCAGAUCCUUUUGGAGGAGAUCCCUUCAAAGAAACUGAUCCAUUCAAAUCUUCAUCUGAAGAUUUCUUUAAGAAGACCCCAAAGAAGGAUCCCUUCUCUUCACCAGACCCCUUUAAUAAAAGUGCCACAUUACCCAACAAGCAGGGAAGUCACUUCACCAGCAGUGAUCCUUUCUUGUCGAGUAACAUCAAACCCAGAGGAACAGAUAUCUUUGGUACAUUGGACCCAUUCGGCAGCAACUCCUUCAGCAGCAGCAGCAACAGCUCUGGUGGGUUUGCAGACUUCAGCCACAUGUCAAAACCCAGAGACCCCUUUGAAGGUCGGGCCAGUUGGUUGCCAGACUACCAACAAAAGUUGGUGUUUGCAGAUGAUCCAUUCAGCAGAAAGAAUGAUACACCAGCUCUGCCACCCAAGAAAAAUGUUCCCCCCAGACCCAAACCACCUAGUGGCAAAACAACACCUGUGCACAUGUCCGGCUCAGCUGACUCCUCCAAACCAUGCGACCCUUUCCAGCCAUUUGGUGGUGAAGCCAUCGACCCGUUUCAAAGUAAAAAGGGCUUGGCAGACCCCUUCAGUGGCAAAGACCCUUUCGCUCCCUCAUUGACAUCAAGUAACGACCCCACAGACUCUACAGAUGGUUUUGCAGACUUCAGUUCUUUUGGAAACGAAGCUCAGCAGCUGGAGUGGGCCAAGAGGGAGAGUGAGCGAGCAGAACGUGAGCGGCUGAAGAGGCUUCGGCAGCAGGAGCAGGAGGACCUGGAGCUGGCCAUCGCCCUGAGCAAGGCCGAGAUGUCCAACGCAUGACCGGGUCGUCCGGGCCAACACACAGGAGGGACGGCUGACCUUUGACACCUCACACACAGACACUCAGUGACUCGGUAAGCAAGGAGCAGAAGGACUUGACAUUUAGAAGAAAAAAAACCCUCAAAAACAAAAGUAAGCAUGAACUGAGAAGUCUUCUCUGGAACACUGAAGAAGAUGAAAAAGGACAGAGAACUCCCAGGUAUUGUGUGAAUACACUGCACUGACCAGACUGAAAAAGACAGAACACAUGUCCUGACAAUUCAUGACUCAUUUUCUGGACUUUUAUUUUUUAUCCUUUAUUUUAAUUUUAAUUUCCUUUCUUCAACAAAUCUAACCUGUGUACAAAUCUAUUUUUUUCAGCCUCUUUCAGCCAUUUCUAAAUGAGUAAACUGGGUUUUAUUUCCAACUUCUGUUAAAAAGCAAAACAGAGCAGCGCAGACAAAGCUAGAGGGUUUUGUCUAUAAAAAAUUUAUCUCACUGUGACACUGACACGGUCAGUGUUUGGAUCAGAUCUGUUUUAUAGAACAGUACAAGAGUCGAGCCAAAUGUGAAAACAGAAGAAUGUUGGAGAUUUGUUUCCUUUUUAUCCAGAGCCAGUUGAGAAGAAACCUCAUAACCUUUGCCUCUCUUCUUCACUAAACCCAGAUUUUUAUAUUUGCUUUUUCUUAUAAGAAUAAUUUUAAUCUCUUCGUCUGACAUUGACUUUGAUUACUGUACAAUGCCGUGUAAAGGUCUUAAACCGACACUAGAUUUUCUUAAAUUCAGCAACAAUCGAUGACAAACAGAAACUAAAGACUAAUAGCCAUUAUUUAGUUUUAUAAGUUUAUCUUUAGUUUUUUAACCUUGUCCUUCCUAGAGUUUUACAUUGAGUCUGACAUUUUUUGUUUAACAGACAAGUGAAUUGGUUUUACUUUAAUUGAAGUAUUCACAGGACUCCAAUAGUUUCACCCAUAUAUCCUGCAUCUAAAAUCAUCAGUAGUUUGAGUGAACUGCACUAAAUCCAUGGUUGAAAUGAAAGUGUGGUUAAAACCUUAGGGCUCAUCCCUAAAGGUACAGAUUGGUGCAGACUGUGACCAUCUCAGGUUAAGGUCUGAUAAAAAUAAUUUCAUAGUUUGGACAGAUUUUCUUCUUCUCUCUGUUCUGUUUGUAUUUGACACCUGGGACAGAUAUGUUUUUGUUUCAUUUAAUAUAUCUGUACAGAUGUAAAACUUCGCUACAGAUUAAAAAAACAAAACAAACAAAAAAAACUAUAUGCAGAUGCAUAUGUUUAGUUUUGGUGUAAGACGUUGGCACCGUCUUGUACUUGGUGUUUGACCACAGCAGGAGUCUGUGUUUGUCUGUAUUCACAGCUUCAGUGACAUCAUGGCUGACUGUAGUGUGACUUUGACCUGUCAGGUGAGACCGAGCUCUUGCCGACCGACAGUUGUACAGAAUCUUUAUUAGAACAAGGGUCGUGAAGACAGGUUUUUUUUUUUGGUGAUGACCUUUGCCCCCUCUCUCAGUCUCUCUCUGUCCCUCCCUCUCUUUCUCUCUCUCUGUCUGUCCAGUUUAGAGUAUAUACUGUAGAUCUAAACUAAGCUUCUCCUCAACCACUGACCCGACUCUGCUGUGAUGUCACUGUAUUCAACACAGAAGAUGGGUGAAUUAUUUUUGCUACCUUUGACCUUGUUGUUUAAGAAGUGAGGAUUUAAUUUGUUUUAAUGUCAUCUCUUUGUUUCACACUCACCUUAGUGUGUGUUUUUUUUCUUUUAAUUAUUGUGUCAUAUUUUCAGUUGACUUUUUGUCAGUUGCUGUGCUCUACAGACCAAGUACUGAACUGGAAUCUGACUCGCUGAGGCUGGAGAGUAAAUAUCUGUGAAAAAAGUAUAUUAUUAAUAAUAUGUUUAUUGUCAAUCGUCGUAGCUCGAAGCUCCAACUGCAACUGAACCACUCACCAUGACUUCCUGUGACUUUUCCCUUUUACUUGAAGCCUGUCCCAUGGUUUGAGUUGUUCUGCUCAACAAAAUAUUUUUAUUGUCCUUUUUUCAGAUUUGUUCAAAGUUAGUUGUGUUUAUAUAUAUUUGUCUAUAUUUUGUGUGUCCUUGAUAUGUCACACACAUAUUUUCAGUGUUAUAAUUUGUGCUGAGAGCACACACAUCCUCCUGACCAUAAUUAUUAUAAGGGAAAAGUUUAAGCAUCUUUCUGACAGCAUGGUCCUUCAUGGGGAGGAGACAAAACAGCAGUUGUCAUUUUGAAGCAGCUACAGUUUGAAAUCUUGCAAAAGAACCAGAUAGUCAGGAUCAAAUCCUGAUCCCUGGGUCCGAGCUAUACCUGUGUAGCCUUGUUCUCUUGCCUGUGUAGCUGUUAUAACCAUUUGAAAAUGGUUUAAAUGUGAAAAGCCAUGUUGGUACCGAGUAGGACCACAUGCUGGACUGAGACACUUAACUUUAUUUGUCUCCCUGUCGUCGGGUCCACACGUUUUGCAGCUCCUCCCCUGGACAUGAAUGUGAACUCUCCCCGAAAUAGACUGAUGUGUCCCUGAAGUGGAAGCUAAUGCUGAUGUCCAGUCCUGCAGAUUGCCUCUACCUGCUGUGUGUUUAUUAUUAUUAUUUUGGUCAUGUUUACAUAUCAUGUAUGAUUGACUGUGCUGUAGUUUUGACUUGCUGUGUUUGUGCUGGAGAAGGUUGACCGUGGUACAGAGUGAGCUUCACCUUCUAAGCUGUGCACAGCACAAACCUUCCUGAAGUCCUGAAAAUAGUCAAAAAGAUCCCAAUCCUACCAGUUUGAGUGGCGUUGUUCAUGUGUCAUUGUUUUGAUUUCAUUGAAGACAGCAAACUUGUCUGCUUCUUGCUUGUUGUUGUUUUUUUCUUUUUCUUUUCUUUUUUUUUUAAAGUUCCUGUAGACAUACAGUACACCAAUCAUGUAUUUUAAUGACUAGGGAUGUAACGAUGCGUUCUGUAUCAGUCAAAAUUGUGAUCUGAAAAAAGCUUGUGAUUGGUAUGGUGAGUUCAGUGUAUCAUUACAUCCCUGUCACUGACAUACAGUUUUUUGCAGAUGUGUGUACAUAUUAGUUGGCGUUUGCUUGUACACCUGUAAAAGACAAAGGAAAGACUGCUCGGAGGGAGAGAUGGAACGUGUCCACCUGCUGAGGACUUUUUCCACAUUGCUGUAUCUGUAGCUGCCAUUGUUACAUCAGUGUUAUAUUGCUAUAAAUUUGCCAUUAUUUUGUUUAUUUACUUUUGCUUUUCUGCUCCAGUGUUUUCAGAUGCUGUAAUUUACUUUUUUUUUCUUUUUUUCUUUUAAAGUGCUCCAUCAAAAAACUCCUUUAGACAAUCUCAGCUGUAGGGAUUUCACUCUUGAAUCAAUACCGCAUUCAGGCUGAAAAAACAAAGUGACGGCCAUGGUGUGGAGGAAAUGUUUUUUCAUCAUGUUUGAAAUACUGAGAUUUCUUGAAGAUACGUAACGGCAAGCUGGUGCACAGAUAAUUCAGAAGGG